CCACAGCGCCCCCUGGUGGGAGAGGCCGGGACUGGAGGACCUGUACUCCAGGGUAAAAGAGCCUUUUCUAAUACCCCUCUUUCUCCUGCAGUGAGCCUCAAUGCCGGUGGUGCACCCUGAACCCCCUGACGGGGGCUGGGGCUGGAUGGUGGUGGUGGCCGCCUUCUUCCAGUCGGCGCUGGUUUUUGGGGUGAUCCGCUCCUUCGGCGUCUUCUUCAUGGAGUUUGUGGGGUACUUCGGGGAGCUGUCCGGGCGGGUGUCCUGGAUCACCUCCAUCGGGAUCGCGGUGCAGCAAUUUGCUAGUCCGGUGGGCAGCGCACUCAGCACCCAGUACGGCGCCCGCCCCGUGGUGAUGGCCGGGGGCCUCCUCUCGGGGCUGGGCAUGCUCCUGGCUUCCUUCGCCACCAGCCUGACCCACCUGUACCUGAGCAUCGGGCUGCUCUCAG